AUUAAAAGAAUAAAGGGUGUGUCAUGUGUGUGAUGUGUAAACCAAUGGAAGGUGUAUUGAGGUGUAACAGAAACUGUUAUAGAGAUCUGUAAGACGGUGCGUUUUUGGAACAAGCUUCACAGUGGAGAUACAUUCCCUCGCUUGAAGUAAAAAUUUACUGUAAUUGCCACUUAUCAAGUCUUAUAAUGUAAUUAGCUUUUAUUUUCUGGGUUUUGAUUGAUUUCUGGCCAUGAGAGUAAGUUUGUAUAGCAAAAGUUUGAUCUAUUCACCAUUUUUAUAAAGAAACAAUUCUUCUCACCUGAAAUAUAGAGAGAACAGAAGACUUAGUUGACGAAGAAGAUCAGAAUACCCUCUAAUUCAAGCGUUGCAGCCUUGUUUCUUUAUCUUUUACGAUACUUGAAUCUUCAAUCAAUCAAUUAAGCAGGUACAAACCCUCUUUAAUUCUUUUCGCAAAUGAAUUAGAAGUAUAAUUUUAAUUUAUGCAUUUUUGGUCUGGAUGAAUUUGUUUUCGAAGGAAAGAAAUCGACGCCAAAAUGCGGAAUUAUUUAUCAGGAAUGGAAAAUUUUUAUUGGAACAGUUGAUUGGGUCUUGUAAUGGUAAAUGUAAUCUGAUCCGUAGCUUCAGUGCUGAAGAAAUCAAGAUAGCAACAAACAACUAUGAUCCAAGGAACAUUAUAAAAAGAGACAGCUACUAUAAAUUGUACCAAGGUUUUCUGCAGGACCGACCGGUUUCUGUUAUGAAGGUUUCAAAUGGUCACCGGGGGUUUGACCAACUUGGUUUUAAUAGCAUUGUAUUUGCAUCACAAAUGUGACACAAAAAUUUUCUGAAGUUGAUUGGAUGUUGUUUAGAGAGUCAACUUCCUACUCUAGUUUUUGAAGGUGCUCAACGUUUGACUCUUGCCAAGCGUCUUCAUAGUCCACGUGAAACACAUUUGUCAUUAACACAGAGGUUGAAAAUUGCAACGGAGAUAGCUAAUGCAAUUGCGUAUCUCCAUUGUGGGUUCCCUCGACCUAUUGUUUCUAGAACGAUCAAACCAUCAAAUAUUGUGUUCGAUGGAGAAAAUACUGCAAAAUUAUUUGAUUUCGAGUUGUCCAUUUCUAUACCAGAAGGUGAGACUCACAUAGUAGAUGAUGUGAAAGGAACAUUUGGAUAUCUUGCACCUGAGUGUGCUAUAACAGGUACAUUCAAUGAAAUGUUGGAUGUGUAUAGCUUCGGUGCAUUGCUACUUGAGCUUUUAACUGGAAAGAAAAUCACUGAUCGUUUUGGAGAUGAUGAAUCUUUGGUGCAUUCUGUGAAGAAAUACAUUCAGCAAGAUAGGUUUAGCGAGAUAGUAGAUCCCAAAAUUGUUGGCACUGCAUUAUCUCCCCAAACAGAAGAGAAGUUGCAAGCAUGUCAAGAGCUUGUCUUUGAAUGUCUCGGUCAAUCAGACGAAGACAGGCCAACCAUGGUUGAUGUAGCAAAACAACUCAGGAACAUGUAUAAAUCUGCAUGUCAAAUAAUGUCUUGAAACAGAUGCUUAGAAUUAGAAAAUUCUGAUAUUUUAAUGUAUUUAAGAUAGCUUGAA